GCCUCUCUCUCAUUACCCCAUACUUUUUCUUUUCUUAUUUUACUUCUCUUUAUUAAACUCUUCCCCUUUAUAUAUCCACCUCCAUCUGACUUGGUCCCAGAAAAACCCUCAACUCAUCACUCUCAUUUCUCUGAAUCAAAAUCAGCCCAUCAUCUUAUCAUGGAUGAAGAGUAUGAUGUAAUAGUCUUGGGUACUGGCCUCAAAGAAUGCAUACUCAGUGGCCUUCUCUCCGUUGAUGGCCUUAAGGUCCUGCACAUGGAUAGGAAUGACUAUUAUGGUGGAGAAUCGACAUCACUCAAUCUCAAUCAGCUCUGGAAGAGGUUCAGAGGGAAUGAACCACCUCCAGCACACUUGGGCUCCAGCAGGGAUUAUAAUGUUGACAUGAUUCCCAAGUUCAUGAUGGCAAAUGGAGGUCUUGUGCGUGUCCUAAUCCAUACUGAUGUUACUAAGUAUCUAUACUUUAAGGCUGUGGAUGGAAGCUUUGUCUAUAACAAAGGAAAGGUUCAUAAGGUGCCAGCAACUGAUAUGGAGGCACUGAAAUCUCCACUCAUGGGUAUAUUUGAAAAGCGUCGUGCUCGCAAAUUUUUCAUAUAUGUUCAAGAUUAUGAUGAGAAGGAUCCCAAAACACACGAGGGAAUGGACUUGACAAGAGUGACAACUAAAGAGCUGAUUGCCAAAUAUGGUCUUGAUGACAACACUAUUGACUUUAUUGGGCAUGCAUUAGCGCUUCAUAGAGAUGAUCGUUACUUGCAGGAACCUGCUCUAGAUACUGUGAAGCGGAUGAAGCUAUAUUCAGAAUCUCUUGCACGUUUUCAAGGAGGAUCACCAUACAUUUAUCCUCUGUAUGGGUUGGGAGAGCUGCCUCAGGCAUUUGCACGACUUAGUGCUGUUUAUGGUGGGACAUACAUGUUGAAUAAACCUGAGUGCAAGGUUGAGUUUGACGAUGAAGGCAAAGUUUGGGGUGUCACUUCAGAAGGGGAAACUGCCAAGUGCAAAAAAGUUGUUUGUGAUCCUUCCUACCUGCCUGGCAAGGUGAGGAAGGUUGGCAGGGUUGCCAGAGCAAUUGCCAUUAUGAGCCACCCUAUCCCAAGUACCAAUGAUUCUCAUUCAGUGCAGGUUAUCCUGCCACAAAAGCAGUUGGGUCGCAAGUCAGACAUGUACCUUUUCUGCUGCUCUUACUCUCACAAUGUUGCUCCUAAGGGCAAAUUCAUUGCAUUUGUAUCAACAGAAGCAGAGACUGAUAACCCUGAGGCUGAAUUGAGGCCCGGGAUUGAUCUUUUAGGUCCUGUUGAUGAAAUGUUUUUUGAGGUUCUUGACAGAUAUGAGCCUGUCAAUGAACCUUCUUUGGACAAUUGCUUUAUAUCAACAAGUUAUGAUGCUACAACGCACUUUGAGUCAACUGUAACGGAUGUGCUUAACAUGUAUACCAUGAUAACUGGAAAGGUUCUUGACCUGUCUGUGGAUCUGAGUGCCGCCAGCGCUGCAGAAGAAUGAGGAAUACUUGUUUAUGCAUGCUUUAAUGUUUGUGGUGUCUUCGAAAUUUCGAAGUUGUUUAGAUGUUAUGUUGCUGGUGGAUUUCCCUCACAAGACUUGUCAUGGUUUCCUAUUUUAUCAAUAUCAUGGUUAUUUCAUUAUGUAAUAAGAUGGUGUUUUUAAUCUUGUUUACAACUUUUCAUGUA